CAACAAAUUCGAACUUAUCGCAAAAAAAACGAUGUAGAUCUUUAACGAUGCAGCCCUUUAAAAAUGUUCGGAAGAUUCCUGAAGCAAAAUUCACGUGAGCCUCGGCCAUAAUAGAUUUUAAGCAAUUUUAGCGCCUGACCUCCGAAGGGAACGUUAGUUACGACCGAAACAAUUUGGAAAUAAUGGUCUCGAAAUAUAAGAUCGUUUUAUCAUUGUUCGUGCAAACCAAUAAUUAUUGUCACAGCCCAUUAAAACGGUUUAAGCGUUGAAAUUUUUAUGAUAGGACUUGCACUUACGAUGAACCCAUCAAAUUACUAAGCAAGCUGUUUACAAAUCCUCAGAACCGUUUCAAGAUUAUCAAAAACGCUAUUGUUGGACCUUUUAUAAUUGGCGCCGUGUUAUCGUGACGAGUUGGCCCGUCUACCCCGCAGGCUGACAGGCGGCGCCGCGGGGGGUCGGCCGGCCCGACCCAUGCCGGCGAUGGCCGCCGAUGUUGAGCUGUAACAUGAUCAGCCGGCUGUGGAUCGUCAUGACCAUAGCAAUCAACAACGCCUACAUCGUCUCAGGCGAGCCCCGACGGUACCCACGGCGACUGCCGCGCUCCUGCGAGGCCCGCAACGUGGACAAUCCGUGCCAGAACGGCGGCCGGUGUCACGUGACCGUGUCGGCCGGCGACGCGGCCGAGCCGGCUCUGGUCACGUGUCGCUGCACACCGGCGUGGACCGGUGUCACGUGUGAGCUGGAACGGGACCCGUGCACUGAUGGCAGCGCCGUGUGCGGGCCGGGCUGGAGCUGUGUGCGCAACUCGUCCAACACGGCCGCCGGCUACGACUGCGGCUGCGGCGCCCGCUCCGGCUGGCAGCGGCUGGCCGACGGCCUGCCGCGCUGCGUCGAUAUCGACGAGUGCGCGCUGCUGGCGCCGGCCUGCUUCAACGGCGGCCAAUGUCGGAACCGGGCCGGCUCAUAUGAGUGCCUCUGCAAACCAGGGUUCACCGGCCGGCGCUGUGGCGAGUCGGACGGCUCGGACGGCUGGACCAACUGGGGUCUCUGGUCACCGUGCAGCAGCCGCUGCGGCCCCGGCACUCGCAGUCGCACCAGGCGGAGACUGUGUGCCGACUGCCGGCCGCGCCAGCAGCGGCAGCGGCAGCCGUGCCGCGGCCCCUGCUGGGCGGGCAGACCUCGUCCGUACACCCAGCGACCGCCGACCGCCCGGCACCGACCGACUACCUCCCGCCCCGCGCCGAGCAGGGUGAAGAGAGAGCUCGGGAGUCAGAAGGGAACGGUAGGACAGCUGGCAGACGGAACACAGCCGGCGGACGACCGUGAUAGUGUGGGUGGGAGUGAUGUGAUCCAAGUACAGCCAGCGGUGCCGGGGCAAGGGCUGGACCAACCGGGACCACCGAUAUCGGUGGAAGUAUCAGAACAAGUGGGACAAGCGAUACCAGAUGGAGUAUCAGAACAACUGCGACCAGUGAUACCAGAAGUAUCAGGACAGUUAGGACCAGCUAUAGCAGGAGAAUCAGAACAGCUGAGGCCAACGAUACCAGAACCGUCAGAACAGUUGAGACCGGCGAUAUCAGUGGGAGUAUCAGAGCAACUUGGACCGCUACCGGAGGGCGGACUGGACCAAUUAGGGCCAGCAGCAACACAGCAAGACCCUGACCAGCCGGGGUCAAGGAUACCAGGGGUUGUACCAGAUCAGCUAGGACCAGUACUACCAGAGGGCAGCCUAAACAAGCAAGUGUCGAUCACAGUCAACCACGGUGGAUCCGACCAAGAGCCUGCAUCCCCCGAAAGGAAAGCGCUGGACUACUUGGGACCGGUCCGAGCGGACGGUAACGUAUCGAGCACAAUAUUCCCAGGAGGGUCCGAUCGGACAGGGCACGAGACAUCAAACCGCACUGAGGACGCGGACGAAGCGGCGGCACACCAUAUGGAGGACGCGGACGAGGUACUGGUGCGCGGACUGGAGGCGGACGGACGUCAGGUGGACAGCGAGGUGUCGGCGUUUGAACACAUGGCCGAUAAGAUGGCAACAUUCGCCCGCGAUCUGGCCAGCCGCGCGGCCGCUACUGUGGGUCGACUCAGCCACCAGCACGAGGCGCUGCUGAGCAGCAUCGCCAACAGUUCCACUGUGCAGAAGGCGCAGCAUCGUGCCGAGGCGGCCCGCAGAGCCGCGGCCACCGCCAGGCGAGCCGCCGCGAACGAGACCAUUCGUCUGGGGGAGCUGCAGCAGCAGCAGCGUAAGGUAGCGGCGGCGCUGAGAGCUGCGGAGACAGCCGCCGGGCAGUGGAGGAAGGUGGAGGCCAGGGCGCGCCACGCGGUCCGGAGCGCGGAGCGACAGCUGGAGAAGGAGCAGGAGCGGACCCGGGAGGUGGCGCUGCCGAGCCGAGCCGCCGGCCAGGAGCGCACCGAGGAGCGCCGCAGACUCCAGGCCACCGUCCAGCGGCUGGAGACGCUGCUGGAGCGACAGCGGAACAUCACGGAGCGGCUGCGGCAGCGGGCGGCGGCGGCGAGCGCGCGCGCCGGCCGGGCCACCCGCCAGUCGGCGCUGGUGGCCGAGCGGCGGCGUCAGGUGCCCGUGGAGCAGGCGGCCGCCCGCCGCAGCUACGCCGAGCUGAAUGAGCUGCGCCUGGCGGCGGCACGGCGCCGCGCGCACCAGGCGCUGCUGCGCGCUGACGCCAGCGUGGCGGAUCAGCAGGAGCUGCUGGGCCGGGCAGCGGCAGCGGCCACCCAGCCGCCCCGGCAGCGCUGGCGGCCGCCGCUGCCGGAGCCGCCCGCUCCCGUGCUGCGGCUGAGAGUGGUCGUGCCUGAGGAGGAACAGGAGACCACCACACGACCCUCUAUUCUACUGUAAGUGAGCAGCUUGUGCGGCUUGGCGUCGAGUAUGUCCGAACAAUCACCAGAUGAACUGUGUAGCGUCAAUUGAUUGCAUGCCACAUCGACUGCACUGUGUUCCCAAUAUAAUCGUUGCUUGUUUA